AGGAAAUAUUGCAGUCAGUCACAUUAUGCAUCUGCAUGCAGACCCCGACGCCAAUGAGAUAAGUGAUAGCAGUAAUAACGUCUUGUGCCCACGUGAAACGGUUUCCAUGGCGCCAAAAAGGGUUGGAUCGUUAGAAUUCGCCCUGGAGACGCCAACGAAAGCUUGAAUGACUGCCUAGGAUAGACGAUCUCUACCUCGGAUCUGCUAUAAUCACAUAUCUGUUAUGGAGAACCUUGUCGGUCAUUAGAUCCCCCCCUUGGCAACAUCCCCUCUCGAGCCCGAUCGCCUCCUGGUCACACUCGACAAAUCGCCAUGGACCGCUCUCUCGCCCUCAUCUCCACGUUCGCCCUCGUCUUCUUCUUCACAUUCCAAACAGGAAGUGCCUUAAAAUGUUUUGAGUGCAACAGCUUCAAUGACUCAAGAUGUGCAUUAGAAGUUCCACCUGAAGCGCUCUCAAAAGAGUGCAGUACUCACCAGAAUUCGAUGCACAAGUACAUAUUGUGCAGAAAAAUUGUACAGACCAUAGAAUAUGAAGUUAACGGAUUGCCCCCGGAUUCGAGGGUAAUUCGAAGCUGUGGAUGGGAUGACUCCAGUUAUCUUAACGCCUGCUACCAGCGAUCCGGUUUUGGCGGACGACAAGAGGUCUGCUCAUGUACAACAAAUCUGUGCAAUAGUGCAACAGCUGCAGGAGUCGCAAUGCUCUUUGUUACCUCAUUAUUAGCAUUCCCAGCACUUUUGUAAAUAAGCAACAAAAUUUUUUUAAAUUAUAAAUAUAAAUGUACUAGUGUAUAAAAUGAGUCAAGAAAAUUAAGUGCUGUUAUUGUCAUUUAUUUUCGUACAAUUUAAAGAAAACCUAGAGAAUGCAUUUGACUUUUUGUCAUUUGUUAGGCACAUGUGAUGACCCUAAUCAAAAUGUCAGCUUAGUAAGUAUAAUUUAUAAAAAUCUCCUUUGAUGAUACUGAAGUAAUUUCUUAAUUACAAAAAAUAAUGUAAAUCUUUUAGUUUCUACUGGUUAUGUAUACUUAUAACGUGGUAUGUUUACUUAUGGUGUGAGCAUUUCCAAUGUUGUAUAGAUUUUAAAAAAAAUUGUUGCUCUUUUGUU